AAAAUAUCCAGGCACGCAACCCUAGGUCAUUCUGCUCUCCACACGCCCGCCAUACUCCACUCUCUUUCUCUCUCAUCGCUCAAUCAUUUUCUCGAUCAGUCACCUCCAUUACUCCUUUGUUUGCAUUACCGUUACAAUAAUAAUAAUAAUAAUCUUUCAUUUGAAUGCAUUCAUAAUCUCUUUCUCCAUCAUGUAUAAAACCAUUCGUUCAUCCGCUGCACUUCGCCGUGCAUCCAGAUCAUCUCUCGCUGAUUCCUCAUCGUCUUAUUCAUCUCUAUCUACAAAUACUACCCCUUCUUCCCCAGCUCUAUCGCAUCAGUAUAGAUCUCUAAGUUCCUCUCCGGCUUUCCGUUACUUACGUUGCUCUGCUCCGCGGUGGAGUCACGGCGUCGAUUGGAGGUCUCCUGCUAGCCUGACAGCUCAGAUCAGGAGUGUUCCCUCUGUUAUUGAACGAUUCCAUAGAACUAUCGCUACCAUGGCAUCCGAAAAUGCUUUCAACUCGAUAUUGACCAGCCUUCCUAAGCCCGGUGGUGGGGAGUUUGGAAAAUUCUAUAGCCUCCCUGCUCUAAAUGAUCCGAGGAUUGAUAAGUUGCCUUACUCUAUUCGGAUACUUCUUGAAUCCGCAAUUCGGAACUGUGACAACUUCCAAGUAACUAAAGGGGAUGUUGAAAAGAUAAUUGAUUGGGAAAAUACCUCUCCUAAACAAGUGGAGAUUCCCUUCAAACCAGCUCGUGUACUUUUGCAGGAUUUUACUGGUGUACCAGCUGUUGUUGACCUUGCUUGUAUGCGUGAUGCCAUGAACAAGCUUGGAAGUGACUCAGACAAAAUCAAUCCUUUGGUUCCUGUGGAUUUAGUCAUUGAUCACUCAGUUCAAGUUGAUGUUGCAAGAUCAGAGAAUGCAGUGCAAGCAAAUAUGGAGCUAGAGUUCCAAAGGAACAAGGAAAGAUUUGCAUUUCUUAAGUGGGGCUCGACUGCUUUCAGGAAUAUGCUUGUUGUACCUCCAGGAUCUGGCAUUGUUCAUCAGGUUAAUCUUGAAUAUCUAGGGAGGGUUGUGUUUAAUUCUAGUGGACUUCUUUAUCCAGACAGUGUGGUUGGAACCGAUUCCCACACCACCAUGAUUGAUGGAUUGGGAGUGGCUGGUUGGGGAGUCGGAGGUAUCGAGGCAGAAGCAGUAAUGCUUGGACAGCCAAUGAGCAUGGUAUUGCCUGGUGUGGUUGGAUUCAAAUUAUCUGGAAAGCUGCCCAACGGAGUGACAGCUACUGAUUUGGUUUUAACGGUUACCCAAAUUCUAAGGAAGCAUGGCGUCGUUGGCAAAUUUGUUGAGUUUUAUGGAAAUGGUGUUGGAGAGAUAUCAUUGGCUGACAGAGCCACCAUCGCCAAUAUGUCUCCUGAAUAUGGUGCAACAAUGGGUUUCUUUCCUGUGGAUCACGUCACCUUGAAAUAUCUUAAGUUGACUGGAAGAAGUGAUGAAACCAUCGCAAUGAUUGAAGCAUACUUGCGAGCUAACAACAUGUUUGUUGACUAUAACGAGCCUCAAGUAGAAAGAGCGUACUCUUCUUAUCUGAAUCUGGACCUUUCAGACGUUGAGCCUUGUAUCUCUGGUCCAAAGAGACCGCAUGACCGUGUUCCUCUGAAAGAGAUGAAGGCUGAUUGGCACUCUUGCCUUGACAAUAAAGUUGGAUUCAAGGGAUUCGCUAUACCAAAAGAGACUCAAGACAAGGUGGCUAAGUUUUCAUUUCAUGGGCAACCUGCGGAGCUCAAACAUGGAAGUGUGGUGAUUGCUGCUAUCACUAGCUGCACUAAUACAUCAAAUCCAAGUGUCAUGCUCGGUGCUGCUCUAGUUGCUAAAAAGGCUUGUGAACUGGGACUAAAGGUCAAACCAUGGGUGAAAACAAGUCUUGCUCCUGGUUCUGGUGUGGUAACAAAAUAUUUGCUUCAAAGUGGACUGCAGAAAUACUUGAAUGAGCAGGGUUUCAAUAUUGUUGGAUAUGGUUGCACAACUUGCAUUGGAAAUUCUGGAGAUCUGGACGAAUCAGUUGCUUCUGCAAUCUCUGAAAAUGAUAUUGUGGCAUCUGCAGUUCUUUCUGGGAAUCGAAACUUUGAGGGACGUGUUCAUGCCUUGACAAGGGCCAAUUAUCUUGCUUCACCUCCUUUAGUUGUUGCCUAUGCCCUUGCUGGAACUGUUGACAUUGACUUUGAUAAGGAGCCUAUUGGAGUUGGGAAGAAUGGGAAGGAUGUCUUUUUCAGGGAUAUCUGGCCAUCCACAGAAGAAAUCGCUGAGGUUGUUCAAUCUAGCGUCUUGCCUGAUAUGUUCAAGAGUACUUACGAGGCGAUCACAAAGGGAAAUCCAAUGUGGAAUGAACUUUCAACUACUGCAGCUAAACUGUACUCAUGGGAUGAAAGUUCCACAUACAUUCACGAGCCACCGUAUUUCAAGAACAUGACAAUGGAGCCUCCAGGUCCUUCUUCAGUGAAGGAUGCAUACUGUUUGCUGAACUUUGGAGACAGUAUCACAACCGAUCACAUUUCCCCAGCUGGAAGCAUAAAUAAGGAUAGUCCAGCUGCAAAGUAUCUUCUUGAGCGUGGGGUGGAGAGGAAAGAUUUCAACUCUUAUGGUAGCCGUCGUGGAAAUGACGAAAUCAUGGCUAGAGGAACUUUUGCUAAUAUCCGUCUAGUUAAUAAGCUGUUGAAUGGAGAAGUCGGCCCUAAGACAACUCAUAUUCCUACUGGAGAGAAACUUUAUGUGUUUGACGCAGCCACUAGGUACAAAGCUGAUGGACAUGAUACAAUAGUAUUGGCUGGAGCAGAGUAUGGAAGUGGAAGCUCUCGUGACUGGGCAGCCAAAGGACCAAUGCUGUUGGGAGUUAAGGCAGUGAUUGCAAAGAGUUUUGAGAGGAUUCACAGAAGCAAUUUGGUUGGAAUGGGUAUUGUUCCACUUUGCUUCAAGUCCGGUGAGGAUGCAGAUUCACUUGGAUUGACAGGUCACGAACGAUACACCAUUGACCUACCAACCAAAAUUAGCGAGAUUAGACCUGGCCAAGAUGUCACUGUUAAAACAGACAACGGAAAAUCCUUCACCUGCACAGUUCGGUUCGACACUGAGGUAGAGUUGGCUUACUUUGACCAUGGAGGCAUACUUCCUUAUGUUAUCAGACAAUUGAGUAAGCAAUAAACAGUAAGCAUUGUUUUGAAAAGUUGAAACAAAUGAAGUUGUUUCAAGAAGACCACAAACUCAUCUAUUAUUACCUUACCUACCUGUCUACCUGAGUAGGUUCAAUUUACUUUCAACUGCAGGCUAAUAAAUUUUGCAACUGCAAGAAAUAAAUUGUUUUUUCCAGCAUUUAGGAUCUUUUCAUGAGUUCUACUAUUGAUUUUUUAAAUUUAUUUGUAUUUCCUUCAACUCUUUCCUUGUACCUGCUCUUUGAGCAGAACCAUAUUGCAAUGAAAACAAUAAUUGGGUUGAGUUAUUUGUUUGUUCUUUUA